UGAUAAAACACCUUCGAGUGCCCUUGUCGAUUCUAAAUCGGUGAUCGAUUCCUCUCCUGUCAUGAGUCCCUCGAGAACAAGCUCUCUACUCCAAUAAGAUAUGGCAUCUGGUUCCCUCCCUGCUACAUCAUAUUAACCGGCCAUUCUUACCGCGCUUCAUUUUUAUAUCCGAAAUGCGCGGUUUCAGGUUGCGUCCCUCCUGGUCCCCAGGGGCGCAUAUAGGAAAUACAACUCCCUCUAAGGGAUGCGUUCUGAAGGACCUAUACCCUGGGUUUCAUUCAAACAAACCCAACCAUGGAGUCUACAAUCGCCUCGCCCGACCUUUCUCGGGAGUCUCCGGCGCCAUUCGCAGCGGCGGAGCGCCUCGCAUCGACCGGAAUUUCAAACCAACAAUUGCUCUCCAUGCCCAGAAUAUACGGAUACCUACUCUAAGGUUCCGAGGGAUUGCACAAACUCGACUCUUGUCCUCCAACCCUCGAUCUUUGGGGGCCAAACCGAAUACUCAAUCAACGAAGGCUUCGCGCACCAACGAGGAGACAACGUCGGACAAGGAAGACGAGGAGACCGAUCAAGGAUUCGAGCUCUCUGAAAGAGCGGCUCAAGCGGCGCAGGUGAAUCUUAGCGCAAAACUGGCCAAGGACGGUGCUAGCGGCAAGAAAUCCGGCUUUAGAGAGAUAUGGAGGCUCUUGCGCAUUGCGCGUCCAGAAGCAAGGAAGCUCACAUUCGCCUUCUUCUUCUUGUUAGUCUCUUCUUCGAUCACAAUGUCACUGCCCUUUUCAAUUGGAAAGAUCAUGGAUGCGGCUACAAAAUCCACUGAAGCGGGUAGCGAUCAGCUCUUCGGCUUGAGCCCUGCGGUGUUUUACGGCGGUUUAGCCAGCGUUCUCGCAUUAGGCGCGGCUGCAAACUACGGUCGUAUUAUUAUCUUGAGAAUUGUGGGUGAGCGCAUCGUUGCCAGACUUCGUUCAAAAUUAUUCCGCCAGACCUUCAUCCAGGAUGCAGAAUUCUUUGACGCCAAUCGAGUCGGUGAUCUAAUUUCCCGUCUGAGCUCCGACACCAUUAUCGUUGGCAAAAGUAUUACCCAAAAUCUGUCAGAUGGACUGAGGGCUGGUGUUAGUGGUGCGGCUGGCUUCGGCAUGAUGGCAUAUGUCAGUCUCAAGCUGUCUAGUAUUCUGGCGCUAUUGCUUCCGCCCAUUGGCCUUGGUGCAUUCUUUUACGGGCGAGCGAUCCGAAACCUCAGCCGCAGGAUCCAAAGAAACCUGGGAACCCUGACCAAGAUCGCGGAGGAGCGCCUCGGCAACGUGAAAACUAGUCAAUCUUUCGCUGGCGAAGUGCUCGAGGUUAACAGAUAUAAUAACCAAGUCAGGAAGAUAUUCGAACUCGGAAAACAGGAGUCUUUGAUUAGUGCAACUUUCUUCAGUUCUACCGGACUCAUGGGCAACAUGACCGUUUUGGCACUUCUCUAUGUUGGAGGUGGUAUGGUCAAAUCUGGAGCCAUCAGCGUUGGAGAGCUUACAUCUUUCCUGAUGUACACUGCCUAUGCGGGAUCUAGCAUGUUUGGACUUUCUAGUUUCUACUCCGAGCUGAUGAAGGGUGUUGGAGCAGCAAGUCGGCUCUUUGAACUCCAAGACCGCAAGCCCACCAUUUCUCCAACUAAAGGUAAUAAGGUCGUCUCUGCUCGUGGCCCUAUUCGCUUCGAGAACGUUUCAUUCAGCUACCCUACCAGGCCUGCUGUUCCCAUCUUUACAGAUUUAAAUUUCGAAAUUCCCCAAGGCACUAAUGUCGCAAUCGUUGGCCCUUCGGGAGGCGGGAAAUCCACUAUCGCUUCGAUUCUUCUCCGCUUUUACAAUCCUACCCACGGGCGUGUUUUGGUUAAUGGCAACGAUAUCGGCGCGAUGAAUGCGAAAUCUCUUCGCAGGAAAAUUGGCGUCGUUGCCCAGGAGCCCGUUCUCUUUUCGGGGACGAUUGCUGAGAAUAUUUCAUACGGAACCCCUCAUUCAACUCGGUCAGAGAUUAUUGCAGCUGCAAGGAAGGCCAAUUGCCAGUUCAUCAGCGACUUUCCUGAUGGUCUUGACACUCAAGUGGGAGCUCGCGGAGCCCAACUCUCCGGGGGGCAAAAGCAACGAAUUGCAAUUGCUCGAGCACUCAUCAAAAACCCUGAUAUCCUGAUCCUAGAUGAAGCCACCUCUGCCCUGGACGCGGAAUCGGAGACACUAGUCAACAGUGCUCUUGCCGCACUUCUCCGGGGCAACAAUACGACGAUCAGCAUUGCCCACCGACUCUCCACUAUUAAGCGAUCUGAUUCAAUUAUCGUUCUUGGCCCUGACGGAAAGGUUGCCGAGCAAGGCACAUAUGAAGAACUCAGCGCUCGUCCAGACGGAGCUUUCACCAAGCUAAUGGAGUGGCAAUUGAACGGUGGUGAGUCGCAGCCACCAGUCAGUCCCUCUGUCAACUCAGUGGUGGAGGAGAAAUCCUGGGAGCUGCAACCAGAGGGAAAUGUUGGAACCCCUGAAGUAAACAACAAGCCAGAGCAGAAAUAGAGCAUUGUCCUUAGAGCUGGGUCGCAUAUACCCUAUACGGUUUUCUUUAUCUUGUUUUUGUCCUUCUCUUCGCUUCUUGCAUCUAUUUUAGCAGUGUAGAGUACUUCGUCCCCCUCUCAUCUAGUCGAGGCUGACGCUGUGAUGAUGUAUCUAGAUAUGACUGGAUCUGCACAUUUGGAGUGUUUGGAUAUUUGCUUUGAUUCUUGGGUAUGCGUUUCUGUGAUAGUCAUAAUAGAAAUAAUAGAAAGACACCUCUCUCCACU